GAGCUCGCUCCCGUCGAACCACCUCGCUAGCGCCGUCCUGGAGGGGAUAAGGCCCCGACGCCCCGACGCCUCGGGCUUCCCCGUCUCCCCUCCCCACUUGCCUCCUCGCCUCCCAGAUCCACUCAGCUCUCCUUCUGGCCUCUCUUCCCCCACGUCGCUCGAUGCCGUCGUCGCCUUGUCGUCGUCAUCACCGCGGCCUCCAGCUGCCCCGCACCGCCCCACCGUGUCCCGGGGGACCGCCGUCAUCGCCUACACCUUCUGCAACACCGAGUCGAUGCCGGGGAGCCCUACAACGACGGGAUCGAGGUCGUCUUCAAAUUCGGUGCCGCCACCGCCCGCCGUUCGAUCCGCGCCGCCCCGAGUUCCUUCGGCUUCCCCGAGUCUUCUCGAGCUUCACAAUGGUGGAGCCCAGGAUCCAGACGACACCACCGACGACUCCUACUACCUCGAGGGUGCCUACUACUACGUGGAGGCUGCCGACGACCAGGAGUAGUUAGGAGGCUCCCAGGCAGGAGGCCUUGCCUUUUCGAUCGUUGUUGCUUUUGUGCUAGCCUUCUUAAGGCAAACUUUAUAACUCAUGUCUGUACUCAGAUAUUGUUGCUUCCGCUGACUCGUUCGUAUUCAAGCUGAUGUAUUCGAGCCCUCGAGGCCCCUGGCUUGUAAUAUAAAGCUUAUAUUAUUUUAUUUUGUGUCUAGAGUUAUGUUAUGAUAUCUUCCCGUGAGUUCCUGAAAUUGAUCGUACACCUUUGCGUGUAUGAUUAGUAUACGGUUGAAUCGGGGGCGUCACACAUGACACCCACCAGAAGAAAAUUGCAGAGAGCUAGAAGAUUAGCAAUGAAUGUUAUACAUGGAGAUGAAGAACAACAGUACAAUCUGCUAUGGGACUAUGCAAAUGAAGUUAGAAGAUCUAAUCCUGGUAGCACUUUUUUGUCUCACUUGAUAAUGAAUAGAGGUUUAAAAGAUGCUAUUUCAGUCUUGAUGCGUGUAAAAGAGGAUUUUUGGAAGGAUGUACACCUGUGAUAUGUCUUGAUGGUUGCCAUGUCAAGACGAGGUAUGGUGGUGUACUGCUGAGUGCCAUUGGCCUGGACCCAAAUGAUUUUAUCUAUCCACUGGCCUUUGCUUAUGUUGAAGUGAAAGACACCCACACUUGGUCAUGGUUUCUUAGGGCUGUGAAGCAGGACCUUGGAAUUAUAAACACUAAGCCCUGGACACUAAUGUCUGACAGACAAAAGGGACUUAUCAAUGCAGUGGAAGCCUUGUUUCCUCACUCAAAGCACAUGUUAUGUGUGAGGCACUUGUGGCAGAAUUUCACAAGAGCUGGUCAUAGAGCCGAUGUGCUAAAAAACAGCUGUGUAAGUGUGCUAGAAGCACAACUGUCACUGCUUGGGAAGAGAGCAUGGAGGAGACGAAGUCUUUGGGCAAGAGAGCUUAUGAUUGGCUAUAUGGUCUGGACCCCAACACUUGGGUGAGAGCAUUUCAACCAGACCUUCCCAAGUGUGAUAUUCUGUUGAAUAACAAUUGUGAGGUCUUCAAUAAGUACAUUCUAGAAGCAAGAGAGUGGCCAAUCCUCUCUACGAUAGACAUGAUUAAGGCACAACUAACUACCAGGAUGGUUACAAAAACUGAAGAGAUGUUGAGCUGGACAUCUCCAAUCUGGCCAAAGAUUAAGAAAAUACUAGACAAGAACACAGAAUUAGCUAACACAUGUUAUGCUGAAUUAGCUGGAGAUGGCAUAUAUUCUAUGGAGGCAGAGGGUACACAUACAUUGUUGAGAUAAAUGUGGGAAGCUGUAGCUGUAGAUGUUGGAAUUUGAUAGGAAUACCAUGCCCUCACUCAAUAGCAUGCUGCAGAAGAGAAAGAAAAUCACCAAUUUAGCUAGUGCACAAGUGUUACUCCAUUGAAUCUUACCACAAGGCAUACUCUCAUUUUAUUGUGCCUUGCAGAGAUAGAAGAGAGUGGACAAAGAGGAAUGCAUGUCCUAUUGCACCACCUCUUUAUGUGAAGAAGGUUGGAAAUCCUGGUCAUAAUAGGAGGAGGGCUCCUGAAGAAGUUGCGGAUGGGAGAGGUGGAACCAGAAUGACAAGGCAUGGUGUAGUUAUCCACUAUGGGCACUGCAAACUACCUGGACACAAUAGGAGUUCAUGUUCUGAUCUUAAAGCUGGCAUACCACCAUAUGUUCCUCCCCCAAAGCAACAUGUCAGGAGAAGGAGAAGGGCAGAACCAACUACUGAAGAAGAUCAAGAGGCAGAACCAAAUGUUCAAGAACAGCAAGAGGAAGCACCAAAUGCUCAGGAGGAGCAAGAGGCACAACAUACACAGGAUGAGCCUGUCACAACUCAGGAUAUCAACGACCAAAUUCUUCUCUCUGCUGUGUAUAAUCAUGAUAUGCUCAAUGAAAUGAUUUUCCAGAGACCUAUGCCAAAGACAACAACUACUACUCCUAGGCCUUUGCCAGAUAGUUCUUUUAUUACUGCUGCUAGAGAAGCACUUGGCAUAGGGACAUCAAGCACCUCAACAACAGCAGGAGACCUUGCUAUGAAGGCUGCAGCUAUGAGAAUUGCAAAAGAAAAGGUCUUUGCUGCACAGAGAGAUGCAACACUAGAGCAAAGGCAUGAGUCCCAUGAGAAGCAAGCUGCUGAUGUGCUUGCCAGGAGAGAAGCAGAGAAGGCAAAGAACGAAGAAGAGAAGGAAAAGAAGAGAGCAGAAGCACUAGCAAAGAAAGAAGAAGAGAAGGCAAAGAAGAGAGCAGAAGCACUAGCAAAGAGAGAAGAAGAGAAGGCAAAUAAAGCCAAAAAAUGGCAGCAGAGAUAGAAGAAAAGAGGAAAGCUGCAAUUGCGAGGAGAGAAGCUCAUAUACAGGCAAAGCUUAGGGAAGCAAAGGAGAAGGAAGCCCACCCAAAUGACCAUAUUUCACCAAAUGCAGAACAUAUGAGAGCUCCCAAUGCCAGAAAUCACAACCACCUUUCUUUAUAAAACCAUGAAAAAUUCAGACAAUAACACAAAUGCAUUUGUAGAAUAUGCAGAAAUCACUCACAUUAUGGUUCAUGCAUUUGUAGAAGAAGAUGUUUGUAUGCGCCGGGGUCUGCGAGAAGGAUCGCCUCACAGUCUGACCGCAGUCAGGGCACUUGAUUAGAGGGAGCACAACAGCAGCAACACCACCACCUAUCCCGGAUGAGCUCGCACUGGACAUGGCCGUCAUCGACGAGCUCAUAGCGGAGGACAAGCUCGCGCUGGAUAUCCUGCGUGUCGGCGGUGAUGUACGAUGAGUCGACGGCGUAGGAACAACGACGCGAUGGUGCAGGCAGCAAUAGCGCGGCUAAGACGGCGGGCGCGAUUUGCCUAGGGAUUUCUCAAGAUGUGGAAUGGGGAACGAGCUAGGGAUUUGAUGGUGGGAGGAAGAGGGAUAGGGGGAGGGUGUAAUUGCAAAAAUCGCAUGCUAACUGUGCAAAUACGUAUGUUUCGGGCGCAAGUGACCGUAUGGUGAGCAAACAACGUUAGCAUAAUGACCGUAAUUUGCAGUUGUGAAAGCACAAGUGCUCCCUGGGUGAUUUUGGUAAUUAAUGUCAACAUAUCUUUGUUGGACUAAUACUUUUAUC